GGUAAGUUGUUUGUUUCACAUGUUCCUGAUCUAUGCCUUAGGCACUCAAAAAGCAGAAGUAUAGAAAGAUAUGAAGAUAGCCUCAAGAGGACUAACAAUACUGUGCCUUGAUCAAGAAUCCAACUAUACCUUUUUUUUUUUCUUUUCUUUUUUGUAUAUUUGUCCUUAUGCUAUAUCAGGCAUAGUAUCAGCAAAGCAGCUAAGAUAUACACCUCGUCUCUAGUUGUGCAGAUGCACCUGUGUUGUAUAUACUAUUUGUCUUAGGAUGCCC